CAUGAUCCUAGUAGGUCGUUGCUGCUAAAUUCGAAAAUAAAACAAACCACACGGAGGGUUUUGAUGAAAGAUUCGGAAAGGAAGAUAGAAUGAGAAAUCGAAAGGUAAGCGACCUGGCCCAGUCGGAGGAGGACUCGCUCGAAGCUACCCCGAAGAGCAGCGAUGGCGCCAAGACUUCAACGUCCAGUUCCUCGUGCCCCAGUCAAUUCAGUCUGAGUGGCCAGUCCCAGGCCUCUGCCCUGCAGGACAUCAACAAGGUGGACGGUGAUGAGAAGAAGGAUGAGAUGGAAGUGGAGCAGCUGCAGGAGGAGGAGGAGGAGCUGCUGGCCCAACGUAGCUCAAUUUAUAGGGCGAUUGGUGGCGCCGAUGCACCUCAGCCGGAGGAGGCAGCACCAGCGCCAACGAAUGAUAAUCGCUGUGCCAAGUGCAAAAAGAAGUUGGGCCUGACCGGGGGAUUCCCCUGCCGCUGCGGCGGCGUCUAUUGCGCCGUCCAUCGGUACAGCGACCGUCACGAGUGCAGCUUCGACUACCGUGAGCUGGGCGCCAGCGAGAUUCGUCGAGACAAUCCCCUAAUUGUCCCCAGCAAGCUGAAGAAGCUCUGAUUGCAGCUGGAUGGACCUCGGGGGCCUCUAUCAAUAGUCUAUAUAAAUUUCCGAUUCCAGGCCAAGACAGGGCGUCAUCAACACCACCACCACCACCACCGAAAACCCGUGACCAGAACCCAUCUCCCCCAGAGCGGCAAACAGGAAGGGAAUGACAGCAGCCAGUGAGAAGGAAAAUCAUGAGAGCAUAUUUAAUACAUGCAGUAUAUAUGAAAUGUAGGAGGAACUAUUAAAAAGGACCAAAUUUUGUUUUCGUUUUCUAUUU